UGAAAUGACGCCAAAAGACCUGGCGAAAGGGCAGGUUCACGAUGGCUGCGCAAGGAGUGGGCCACCCUUUCGUCAACGACAAUCAUCGCUCUUGCCAAUUGACUUUCUAUCGCCCGAUUGCCGUCCCAUACCUACAGUAGUAGUAUUUAAGGUUGCGACCCCCCUCACUGUCCAUAGACUUUUCCCAUAGCUAUCCACCGUUCUUCCUUCCAAAGCAAAACGUUGACCGUUUCCUACACCCAAACCAUUCACACGCAUUCUGGUCCUCCUGUUGCAAUCAUGGGCAUGAAAGCUGUUCACUUUGGCGCCGGCAACAUCGGCCGCGGCUUUGUUGCUUGCUUCUUGCACAACUCUGGCUACGAGGUCAUCUUUGCUGAUGUCGCCGAUGCCCUCAUCGACAAGAUCAACGCUACGCCAUCCUACAAGGUGAUUGAGGUUGGCACCGAGGGCACAACCGAGAACACCAUCACCAACUACCGCGCAAUCAACUCCAAGACCCACGAGUCUGACCUCAUCGACGAGAUCAGCCAAGCCGACAUUGUCACUUGCUCGGUCGGCCCCAACAUUCUCAAGUUCAUCGCUCCCGUCAUUGCCAAGGGCAUUGACCGUCGCCCGGAGGGUACCACCCCUCUCCACGUCAUUGCCUGCGAGAACGCCAUUGGCGCCACCGACACCCUCGCCGAAUUCAUCAAGGACCCCAAGAACACUGCCGAGGACCGUCUCGAAGACCACCAUCUCCGCGCUCGCUACGCCAACUCGGCCAUCGACCGCAUCGUGCCCGCUCAAGACCCCGAUGCUGGCCUCGACGUGACGCUCGAAAAGUUCUUUGAAUGGGUCGUCGAGAAGACUCCCUUUGAGGAUGUUGGCAUCCCAGCGAUCAAGGGCAUCAACUGGGUUGACAACCUGGCCCCGUACAUCGAGCGCAAGCUGUUCACUGUCAACACCGGCCACGCCACCGCUGCUUACCACGGAUACAACCGUCGCAAGCGCACCGUCUACGACGCUCUGCAAGAUAAGGACAUCAUGGCGGAGGUCAGGGGUGCUCUCAACGAGACCAAGAACCUGAUUGUCUCCAAGCACGAGAUUGAGGAGGAUGCACAGACUGCCUAUGUCGACAAGAUCGUCAAGCGCAUUGGCAACCCCCAUCUUGAGGAUGCCGUUGAGCGUGUUGGCCGCGCUCCUCUCCGCAAACUGUCCCGCAAGGAGCGCUUCAUCGGCCCUGCCGCCGAGCUCGCUGAGAUGGGCGAGUCCAUCAAGUACCUCCUUGACGCUAUUGAGAUGGCUUUCCGCUUCCAAAAUUACGAUGAGGACGAGGAGUCCAAGGAGCUGGCCAAGAUCAUGAGCGAAAACGGCCCCGAGGAUGUUGUCUCCAAGGUCUGCAGUGUGCAGUCGAACGAGAAGAUCUACCCUCAGCUCGUCGAGGUGGUGAAACGCGUCCAGGCCGAUAGCCGUGAGGAUUGACUAAAGGGCCAGAAACCCCGCGCGAAGAUGUAGGAGAAGGUCAUAUGAGACAUGAGACAUUACGACUGGCGUUCAAAUGAUGAGUUAUUAGCUUUGGGAUUCAAAUGAUAUAGCACGGCGUUGGUGGACCAUUGGAUGCCUUGUUCCAAGGGAAAGAAAUAUAAACAUUUCACAUUCUAUAUAUUCGUUCCUCAUCCCAUGUCUUCUUGAGAAAUGGCGGGCAGUAUUCCACGACAAUUCAUUCCAGGUUGCCGGCACCUACUGUCAUGUGCGCAUGCACACCGUCCGCCUUAUCACGCCUGCG